UGCCGCACAGAUUUAGACCGUGACAGCGGCUCUGAAUGUCCUGCUGAGCGUUGAACUGCUCACUGUUUUGAUGUAUUGUCACUGGGUUAUAAUCUCUGCCACUGUUAACUGAAGAGGCGAUGACAUGCAUACGAUUAUCUGUGUCCAUGUUAGGGUAAUAUGAAUAUCAAACGUCUGUAAAUAACACGGACACGUCAUUGUGUCAUCGGGGUGUUUUAUGGAGCAGUACAUGAACCCACAUAGUAGCUUUUGUUGCGUUCACUGUGGCCUGUGACAUGUCACGUAUGUAUGAUUUAAUAUGCGCUUUUUAAAUGGCUCGUGUCCAAAGUUGUGAAAUAAUUAGCUAUUAUAUACGCGUCAUAAAGGUCACACUGGGUUAGGGCUAGAGUUGCAUAGUGCGACCGUGAUUGACCUGUUCUAUGUAGUAUUUAUCAAUCGCUUUUUAAGAUAGCUGGAGCCAAUCAGAGGAGGAGUUCUAUAUGACGUAAUCGCGUUCAAGGAGUUUCUGACAGGUCCCUGAAGCGUACGUUAAUGUCACAGCCAUUUCAGUCAGACCUCCAGAAAGAAAGAAACGUAAACAGGGAGUCGCGUUUUGAUAUAUUUGAACUUGUCAAACGACUUCAUUUACUUGUCCAUUUAGUAUAGAGCUUGUAACCUACGUAUCUGCAGGUCUCCCGUUACUCCCUCGUUUACUUCUGUUUGGUUACGUUCUGGCUUUCCCGGACCAAUAUGGCGGUAUCGUGACGCGUCGUUGCAGUUGUAAACAGAUGUCUUUGGUGACUACAACUAGCGUUUUUGUGUGGAUUAAAUUUUAGUUUGUCAUUCAACUGCAAACACUUGUAUAAAUUGCACUUUUACUGAUAUAGUUUCUCUAUACAACUCAUUUGUUUUGAUCUAACGUACCCCGGAAGUAAGUGAGCGUGCUCUUUCCACCCGCUGCUCUGCAAUUGGUUGAAAUCACUUCAUGUUGUGAUUUAAAUUUAAAUGUCUGGCGGUGACACACAGCUGCUCGUUGUCGACGCUUUGUAAUUUCAUAAACACACUGUCGUGUGUGCGUCAACGGUUUUUUUUUUUAUUCUUUUCUUUUUAACGCUUUGUUUGACUGCUGUUGUUCAGAGAGGAUAUAAGAUGGUGACCAGGAGGAUACGCUCGGAGUAUAUGAAGAAGUUCAAAGAUCCUAAAUGGGAGACGUUCAGCAAGUGUUACGAUGAGAUGUUGAGGUACAGACUGAACCGCAGGCUGCUGGAACAAACCCACAAUCCCUGGUUCUGGAGCGGCUCUGACAGCGACUCAGACUCAGGAGGAAGAAGUCCUCCUCCUCCUCCCAAGAACAACCAGGUACUGGCAGAGCAGGAGUGUGAGGGGCAAAGGUCACACAGGACAACAGGACCUGUGCCUAGGCUUCCCCUUCAGGAGGAGGAAGAGGAGAAGGAGGAUGACAAGGAGGAGGUGUCUGCAGGCUCACAGCUCAACUGUCUCAGAGAGACAAGACAACUAGAGGAGCAGAGAGCCAACAGUAGAGACAGUAAACAGUCAUCUGCUCCACACAGAGAGCAACUCCAAGAGACAGAUUUGGUACAGCACCAGCCACAGCAGACGAAAGCCUCCAAAUCCUCAAAAGACAUGUGGCGCUCCCAUCGGGUCAGCCCUGUAACAUCACGGCAGCCCAGGGAGGACAGCAAGAGUAGACACUCAUUUGCUCUGUAUGGUUCGGGGGAGAAGAACACAGACAUCGCAGCAAGAAAGACGCAUAACGUCGGGCCUACGGCUUCAACUAAUGACAUCCACAAGUCGGCGCUCCGUGCCAAGACCAGGCGAGAGGUGGAGCGUCAGAUCCAGAUGCAGAAAAGCGAGCGCCGGAAAGUCAAGUCUGCUGAUGUGGACAAGACCAGGAAGCUGGUUCAACCCGAGUUCAACCCCUGGCUCACUGAGUACAUGCGCUGCUUCUCUGCUCGCUCCAGAUAAGACUAAUAUCCAAACACAUGCACUGCAGAAAAUAGUCCAACCAACGAGGUGAUUCCAGACAGAAAAAAGAAACUUCAACUCUUAAUGUGAAAUUCUGGGGCCAAUGACUACUUUUAGCCACAAACAAACAAAACAUUUUUUUAGAGCCUUUGUAGUUUCUUGUUUUACUACUUAUUCAAUUAUAGGAUUUUUUUCAGUGUAUAUAGCCCAGAUGAACAUUCCAUUCCAUUUUGAAUUGUUGCCUUUCACCCCUGAGGGUUAAGUACCACAUCACAUAGAGCUGAUUGAGUCUUUAAAGGAAUACUUCACCGAUUUGCAUUUAGCUUUGUGUUACUAGAAUAGGGGUAGUAUUUUUGAAAAAUUGGGCUUCCCAACCUCAGUUUCCCCUGAGUCGAGAAAUAUCUUCAUUAUUUUCUUUGUUACGUGCCCACCAGUGACACUUGGUCCUGUUAGCGUAACUGAUGGCAAAGGACACUGUUUACAUUCUGGUAAUAAGGUCCCGCCCCCUAUGAGUGGGUCUAAAAAGGGGAAACUGAGGUUAGGAAGCACAAUUUUUCAAAACGACCCCUAUUCUAGUAAUACAAAGCUAAAAGCAAAUCGGUGAAGUAUUCCUUAAAGAUUCUUAAAGAAAAACCUGUAACAUUGAAUCUCAAAAAAACUGUAUGUUUCUAUAUUUUUAAUUCAUUGAUCAACUGCCAAUACUCACACAGAGGCAGCAUAUUUGAAUAUAGUGUUUUUUACAUUGUCAUGUACAAUAUUACACAACACUUUUUAUGAUUGCAAA